GAUCCCGUGCCCAGCCACCAAGGGAUAAUGUCAGUGAGGUUUUCUGAGAUUAGACAGCUUUGUCAGAAGUAGAAAAUCCGACUAGUAUGCUGUUUGGGACAUCCUGUCAAUGCCUUUCUUGUACUAGAAAUCGGAAGCUAGGAUGAUCAGUGAAAAAAGUUGCAUCUGUACGUUAAGAUUCCAUUGAGUGUAACAUUGAUUUGUUCUAAGAUUGUGAUCCAAAUUCAGCUGUACAUGGCAGAAUACAGAGUUGGAAGACUGCUGGAUAUCGAAUAAUAUGUGUGCAUUCACAGAGGAGAUUCAAAAAAUAAAACAAAAAAUUAUUUAUUUUAACCAUGUAAAAAAUAUGCCAUGCUGAAUUUCCCAAUCAUGAACAUUAGAGAAUUAAUAGUUUAAUUAGUAUUAAUUUUAAUAAUGCAUGUUGAAUGCAUACUUAAAUACAUACUACAAUUUAUGAAAUUAAUAAAUAUAAUUUAAAAUGUAUGCAAGCUUUAGUAAGUAGAGGUGUUCUUGUAGAACUACAAUUUUUGUAGUCUGUAAGGUGAAAGUAUUUAGUGAGUACUGCAGGGAUUUGGAGAAAAUGGAAGAAUUUUGUUAUGAUUAGAAGCUGCUCUGGGGCUGCAGAUUCUGUCACCAUGCUGCAAAGCUUCUGUGUGGUGAAGGAAACCCACUGGAGGUAACCAGUGUGAACCACUGUGUCUUUCAAGUUGGCCCCUGUAAAAGCUUGAGUUUUGUUCAUUGCACUGCUGAGCUUUGACCUGCGGGACUGCUGAUCAAAACUGGUUCGGCAACUUGACUGACAAAAAUGAAGAACUUUGCAGUUACAAGUUUGGGCACUUACACAACCCUUAGGGUUCAUGCUGAGCUUCUUUUCAGUUAGUUCUCUACUUUCUGCCCAUUUUUCUUGACAUCUUUUAAAAAAAUAAUUGCAUGUUUUGUAAAAAAGUAAUUUGUUUCUGGUAUCUCCACAUCUGAUUGAAGAGAAGCUCCUAACACAAAAUACACAACCGGUAAUAAAAGACGCAUGCCACACUGGUGGGAACUUCCAUCCUUCCUAUUUCUGUUCCACAGCCCCUGUACAGAAAUGAAAAUUAUGAUACAGCUUCUUUCCCUCCCUCACAACCGUGUCUGAAGAUUAAUGCCAUCUUAGGACAUGCUUGAGUCUAACAAUGAGUGCUCAGACAAAACCCAGGAAUUAGACUGGUAGUUUUCUUUCUAGGACAGUAUUUAAUGAGUUUAUAAUAUUAUAAACAAGCUCCAAUAUACCCAGUGGUUGAUGAGAUUUUUGCAAAGCAUGCUGGUGAUCCCUUUUCUGUAUAGAUGGUCGAAAAAUAGUGGCAGGCUGUUCAUCUAAUGUUCAUGUCACUGUCAAUAUUAUAUGGAAGGUUGAUUUCGUUCUUCAUGUUGCCAUAUCCUUCCUCUUUCCCUGGGGUUGAUGUAGAAGUCACAUUUACUCACCUCUGAAGAUGUACAUAAAAUUAAAUCUGUUGAUGAAAAUCAUCUGAGAAAUGAGCAUUUGCUGUGCAUUAAUUUUAAUGUUUUUUUCUUUAAAAAUGCCUGCAGACCUUAAUAAUUUCUGAAGUACAUAUUAAACCAACAUGUACAUGAUUUGCCAGUGUUUCUUGAAGUAUGUGGUUAAUUAUCUUCACACAGGAGACAUCAAAACCCAAAGUAUGCUCUCUUUUCUGAAUGAUUAAGCCAAGCUUCCCUAGCAACAUUUCACUAGCAAGUAGGGCUAUGACAGACUAACAACAAAGUGAAAUCCGCCGUGAAAAAAAAACCCACGAGAAAAAUGGGAAAAGAAAACAAUGACCCCAAAGAUGUGCAAAGAAAAGGAAAAGCCAAGAUGCAACUCAAAAGAAAUAUAGGUUAUUUUGAUGGGGUAAGUUUUAUAGUAGGAUCAAUUGUUGGAGCAGGGAUCUUCGUGUCUCCCACAGGGGUAUUAAAGCAUUCCUUACUCAAUGUUGGUGUUGCACUAACCAUCUGGACUGCAUCUGGGCUGGUUUCUCUGAUGGGUGCCCUCUGCUAUGCGGAGCUGGGAAGUGCUCUGCCCUUCUCUGGAGGAGAAUACAGCCAUAUUAAAAGAGGCCUUGGAUCCCUACCCGCCUUCGUGUUUAUCUGGACAUCAGUGUUCACCAAGCCAGCAUCAAAUGCUGCUCGAGCCUUGCUGUUUGCUGAAUAUGCCACGCAGCCUUUCUAUGGCAUUUGUCCUGCACCAGACGUGCUGAAGAAGUGCUUGGCCUUGGCCGUUCUGUGGUCCCUGGGUAUUUUAAAUGGCCUCAGCGUCAAAAUGUCUGCAUGGGUGCAGACAGUUUUCACUCUGCUGAAGAUGAUGGCCUUGUCUGUGAUUGCUGUUGGUGGCAUAGUUCUCCUCGUUACCAGGCAAAAGGAGAGCCUGGCCAGGUUUGAGGACAUGUUUGGCUCAGAGAUCCCCAACGCCUCACAGGUUGCCGAAGCCUUCUUCCAGGGGCUGUACGCGUACGGCGGCUGGUGGUCCCUCAACUACAUGGCAGAGGAGAUGAAGCGUCCCAGCAGAAAUAUCCCCUUAACUGUGAUGACUGCUGUUCCUGCAGUAAUUGUUUUUUAUUUACUAGUGAACAUCUCAUAUCUGACUGUCCUCACACCUAAGGAAAUUGUUUCCUCAGUUGCUGUGGCAGUCACUUGGGCUGAUCGAGUGAUCCCCUCUGUUGCCUGGAUCAUUCCUCUCUCUGUUGCUGUUUCAAUAUUUGGUGCCCUCAACUGCAGCAUGUUCACACUCGGUCGAUUAAGCUAUGCUGGAAGUCAGUCAGGACAUUUACCUCUUCUAAUAUCCAUGCUUAAUGUCCACUCCUAUACACCAGCACCAGCCAUGAUUUUUUCAACCACCAUUGCAUCCAUUUUUAUCAUCCCCUCUGACCUUAUUAUGUUAACAAAUUACUUUGGAUUUUCUGCCUGGCUUAUGAUUGGAUUGACUUGUGCAAGCCUGAUUGUACUUCGAUACCGGGAACCUCAUCUACACCGACCAUACAAAGUGUUUUUACCGGUUCCAUUUAUGAUGGUGGCGAUGUCUUUCUUCCUAGUUCUAGCUCCCAUAGUCUGGUCUCCAAACAUGCAAUAUGUUUACGCUUUCCUGUUUAUGCUUGGAAGUCUUAUUAUUUAUCUGCCUUUUAUACAUUUUAAAUUGCACUUUGCAUUUCUUGAUAAAAUUACUUGCCACUUACAGCUCCUGUUAGAAGUUUGUCCCGCUGAUGGACCUGCUGAGGGCAAAUGUGAAUAAUGGCAGAUAUUUAAUCUCAGGACCACUAAGAGCCAACAGAGGAUUUUGUUUAACUGAGACUGUAAACUGUGCAAUUUUGAUGUUGGUCUGAUAUAUAGGUGUGCAUGCAUGCAUAUACAUAUAUAGAUGUAUACAUAUAUAUUGCAAACAUGCACAUAUAUGUACAAAUAGGAACAGAAUCACAGAAUCACAGAGUGAACUAGGUUGGAAAAGACCUUUGAGACCAUCAAGUCCAACUUAUGACCAAACAGUUCCUCACCAACUAAACCAUGGCAUUAGUAUAAUAAAUUAAUGUGUAUAUAUGUUUGGUUUUGUUUAUAUAAAUAAAUAAAUAUAUAUGUUUAAUUUAAUAGGUGAAAAGGAUCUCUCUUAAACUUGCAAAAUCUGUAAAAUGCUUUCUCCUGCUCCUGAAAACACAGUUAAAGGUUGCAUAAAGUCUUGCAAUAAUAGAAAUAAGACUCAAUCACAGCACAAAUAAUUAUCAAUAUUACCAUGCAGUAAGUGAAUAAAUACAUAAUAGCAUUGUUAUAAAAAUACACUCACACUUUGAACUAAAUUGUCUGGAUUAUUCUUAGUUUGCAGUAGCUCACUGAUUAGAACUGCUGGUUUUAAAGACUUUACAUUUUUUUCAUCUGCUACUUUUUGGCAUUAAUUUAUUUUUAAUAAAAGCCUUUGAAGAAUAUAAUAAAGUUGAGUGAGAUAUAUUUAAAUAGCAAGAAAAUUGGACACGGUGCAUCUUAGCUAUUUUAGAACAACACAUACAAAUUCAAGGUGAAAUCUUAUAAUGCAUCAAGUAAGACAAUAAGAAUUAUUUAUCCUUUUCAUCACAGAAAAAAGCUAAAGAUAUGUAGAUUACUUUUCUAAAUCAUAUAUAUCUUAGCAUUAAUAUUACUUUUUUCCUUGCUUUCUUUUUGGUGUUAUUGAGAAGAAGAGCUUUUUUAAGCCUCCUCCCCUCCAUUUUUAUUUUGUUUAUGAAAGCAAGAUAAAUUAAUUCUUUUUUCUUCUGAUAAUUAGGCCAUAUAAAGUUCACAGAAUAUUUAAUGUUAAAAAUAAAUUAAAAGUACAUAAAAACCAUCACAUAUGUAGGGAAUUAUUGAUAUAUGCUGCUAUUUUUAUAAUUACAAUAGAAUUACAAAUAUAAAGUGAUUUUCCAAAUGUGGCAAUGAAAGAUCAGCAACACAGCCAGCAGGUGGCCCCAGCCGAACAUCACUCUUACACUGUGAUCUCUGGUUUGAUCGAUGUUGUAUUGGUCAAACUGUCUUACAGGGCACUGUAUUGUAACACAGUAGAAUGAAAAAAAUCUUGCUACACUACUUGAUUCACUGAUGUAUAACAAUUUUAGAGAUUGGAAUGACAGAUAAAGAAUUCUUCAUAGCUACACAAAGUCUAGUGUUGCCAUCAAUAAAACCAGGAAUCAACUGGAGGUUUAAAAGGAUUUGACUUUGCAUUGGAAUGAACCCCCAAAUUAAAAUAAAUACAUGUAGCAAGUGGCUUUUCUCAAGGUGAUAAUGCACACAGAAUGAAAAUCUGAAGAAAAAAUUAUAUCUUUUAACAAGCUGUAUGAAGAGAAGUUCAUACAAGUGGAGGACUGCACUGUAUACAGCUGAGCUGGAGACUGGAUCCUGCUGAACGCAAGAAAGGAAUCAAUGUUUAAUUUAACUUAAUAGUGUUAUUGGACAAACAUUUCUCUUGCUAUUUGAAUUCAAAAUAUCAUGAGACUCAUCAACAUUGUAGAGGAGUUGUAUUUUAAGAACUGAAUUGGAAAUGGAAGAAAUUAUUUUACUGUGACUAAAGCAUCCAUCAGUGAUUUGUAAAUACAGGUGUGGCAAUGCCACAGAUUUUCAACUGAACUUUCAAGUAAUUUAUUCAAAUCAAAUAUGUAAAAAAAAAGUGGAAGUUGUAAGGAAAAAAAGUUUAUGUAAAAAUAAUACUGUGUUGUACACCAACAUGUACAGGAUGAUUAGGAAAAACGAGCAUCAGGGGGAAGUUGCUCAACUGGGUGUGUUAUUUCCAUGUAAUUUCUUGUGUGUCAACUAUCUGUUUAAUUCCCUAAUGAGCUGGGUACCCACUGAUAAGAUAUGUCAGGGUAUGUUUGGAUAAUUGGAACAUGUAUUUGUUAAUGAUACAAACUUCAAAUAUAGAGGUUUAGCAGUUCCAACCAAUCAGGGAACUCAAAAGUCCCAAUGAAAUGUAAUAUGAAAUAAAUUGCAUUUAUGUAUCUUUCUGGAAUGUGAAGUAGAUAGUUUUUAUUUCAACAAAAAUCCAGGAAAUGGCACAUAAACGUACAAGAUAAGAAGAUUUAGAAUAGGUCAGAAUUAAAAAUGUCCAUGCAAGCUUAAGCCCCUCUGCAAUGGCACCUUUCAAUGUCCUUGCACUAUCAGUUCAUAAACUGUUCUUUCUAUAUAACCUUACCUCAUUUAUUGGAAUGAAUGGAUGGUGCCAAAUAAUUCACUCUCAUUUUCUCCCCAUUUCAAAGUGUGAUCUUGCAUUUUGUUUAUCACUCUCUGCU